AUGUUGUUUAAACGGAUCAUCCAAGGAAAGUCGAUGUUGAACACUGAUCGUAUUGCUAAGGAUAGGUUACCAGAGAGAUGUUCUAGAAGGAAAUCGGAAUGCGAGGGUUGUGGCGAACAUUCCAUUAUACUGGAGGAAAUGGCAAAGAUGGUCUUACUUGGUGUAGUUUUAUGGGCGGGGGUGUCGUUUGGAAGUCAUGUCGCCCCUUAUCCGCUUAAUCUUAUACUGACAACAGAUAUCAUUCAUCCACCACCGAUGUAUGACUUCCCGUUUCCAAGCGCAGAAAUGUUAAAGAAACUACCCCCAGUUACGACUGAGCACACGAAUAGAUCAAUUGCUAUAAGUAAAAUGACUGUAGGCAUGCUUGAGCGCUUAGAAGGCAACUUGAAAGCUUCUGGAAUAAAACCAAAGUUAGGAUCUACGGCCCAGGGCUUAGCAAUACAGGGUUAUCCGUCCAAUGAUGCCAUGAAAUAUGAAAAAUCAUCCAUGAUAAUAACUAAGGCAUCGCAAAAUCUAGUUUGGUCUAGGUGUACUAGAUACGGCUUGGCGAAAGACGAGUGCGCGAGUUUCAUAAGCACUUUAAACUUGCGAGAAAGUGAAUAUGGUCCGGAAUGCGAACAGCUGGAGAGAUUUACAUGUCGUACGAACAAAAUGACAUCUAAGUAUAGAACAUUUGAUGGAUCUUGUAAUAACCCUGUGCGAUCUUCUUCGGGACAGGCUCUCACUGGUUAUAAACGACUAUUGCACCCUAGAUACGCUGAUGGCAUUGAAGAGCCUCGCCGGGCAGUGAGUCACAAGGAUUUACCUUCAGCAAGAAAAGUGAGCGUAGUGCUUGGUAAUAAUUUGGAUCUGCCAGAAAAUAAAAAGACUAUUGUUUUACCAGUGUGGAGUCAAUUCAUUUUCCACGACUUAGUGCAUACACCAGUUCGUAGAACAAUACAUACAAACCAACCAAUUCGUUGCUGUGACAACUUUGGCUCUAAUUUGGCACCGCGUUAUGUUCAUCCAAGUUGUAUGGCGAUCUCCAUACCCGAUAAAGAUCCCGUCUUUAGUGAUAAAUGUAUGGAAUAUACACGGUCCGUUACUACAUAUCGAGGUGACUGUACUUUCGGAGCAGCUGAACAGAUGAACCAAGCAACCCACUUCUUAGACGGUUCCCACAUCUACGGUUCAAACAGUCGUGAUGCAGCGGCCUUACGACAGAAGACCGGUGGUUUGCUCAAAAGCUUCACAGUGGAUGAUGAAGAGCUUUUACCAUUGACCGCCAACCCUACUGAGAAGUGUCUUGUUGAUAACGACUCCGCUGCUUGCUUUAGUACUGGUGAUAUUCGAGCCAACAUGCAUCCUUGGUUAACUAGUCUCCAUGCACUACUGAUGAGAGAACAUAACCGCGUAGCUAAAACCUUAGCGUCUCUCAAUCCUGAAUGGAACUCGGAUAAACUAUACCAUGAGGCUAGAAGGAUUGUAGUAGCUGAAAUACAGCAUAUUACGUUUAGACAAUGGCUCCCUGCUUUAACUGGCAAAGUGGUCGACGAGAUGUACGAGAGCUUCGAUACUGGUUACAAUCAAGACAUAGAUCCAACCAUCUCUAACUCUUUUGCCACUGCCGCUUUUCACUUCGUCAAUAGUUUAUUGGACCAAGACAUUGAAAUUGUUGAUAGUAACAACAACGUGACGUCACAUCGCUUGGGACAAAACUACUUUAAACCGCAAUUAUUAUCUGAAAGGAAAGGCCUAGAAAAUAUACUCCGAGGGAUGAUCAAUCAGAAGAGUCAAGGAUUGGAUUUCAAUUAUGAUGACGAUCUCCGUCACCAUUGGCUAGGCGGUCUAGAUGUGAUGGCGAUAGACAUACAACGUGGUCGCGACCACGGGCUGCCGGGGUACGCUCACUUUAGAACAAUAUGUGGACUUUCAUUUGUAACUAACUUCGGACAGCUAAAUGACGUGAUGCAUGCACAGACUGUCGACAAACUCGCCCAGUUGUAUGGAAACCCUAGUGAUAUUGAUCUAGUCGUUGGAUUAAUGGCUGAAAUACCCCUUGAAGGUUCUUUGAUCGGCCCUACCGCUACUUGUUUGAUAAGAGAACAACUAUGGCGUACACGUACGGGAGACCGGUAUUUCUACACGCAUGCAGAUGAAGCAGGCAGUUUCAGUAAGAAGCAGUUGGCUGAAAUACGACGCAGUUCCUUGUCCAGGCUUCUAUGUGACAACACUGAUAUAAGCAGCGUUCAAAAGGACGUCUUCCAACCGCCUUCUGAUAGCAAUCCCAUUGUAUUAUGUGAUGAAAUUAGGAAGGUUAAUUUAGAAGCCUGGCAAGACCCGUCAUUACAACCUGACAUCCUCACACGCACCAACAAAUGGAUCAAGAACAAAGUGGGCAGUGGCAAUUCCACUAAA